AACACGAACUUCAUAAUACUACGAUAUUAUCUUCGUCUUGCACAAUUCCCUUUUUCUUCAGCCGGUUGUCUUGUAUAUAUCUCGGAAAGCUGGGUAUGUUUCUAUAAACAACCAGACUUUCCAUAAUUAGGAGGCUAUUACAAGGAUAAGGCACAACUGCGGUUUCGAAUUUCGCUUGUGCUUCUCCUUCCCAUCCGCCGUUCGUUGCUGGCAGUCACUCAUUCUCUAUCCUAUUUACACCUAGCAUGGGCUCUAUUCAAAGCUAUUUGUCGUCCCAGAGUGCCGUGCUCGUCGUCGUCGCGGUCGGCGCGGUCGUCUACGUGGUUGCACAACGCGUACUUUCCCAGCCGCCACCACCACCGUCGCGUUCAUCACCAUCACCCACUCCCACUGAUUCUGCCACUCAGACAGCUGUUCCAGGUGCUAGUACGUCUUCUGGUGGUGGCAAGAAGAACAAGAAGAACAAGAAACAACUGCAAGCUGCUAAUGAGGCACCCUCUGAUACAAAUGUCUUACCUGCAGGCAAAGCGAAUGUCGUGUCUUUCCCACCAGUUAUUCCUGGAAGCUUCGAGCCCGCGCAGGCAGAGGCCCAGCCAGCUGCUGAACCAGCUCCGAAGAGCACCAAGUCGAAGAAGAAGAAAGGCAAGAAAGCAGGGACUGCUGUAACUGGUGGUGCAGCUCGCACUGUCCCAACCGAUGCUCAGUCAGACUCAUCUGCCACUGCUCCAGAGUCACAUUCCAGGCCGACUAAGAAGAAGAGUCCCGCGCCGAAGCCUGCUGCACCUUCACUGCUGGAGAACGACGGGCCUUGGACUCGUGUCGAGCCUCGCAAACGCACGGCUUCACAACAAGCUGCGGAGGGUUCGACCAGCUCCAACGUUCCACGUCCCUCCGAGAGUGAUGCUGGAAUCACGUCUGUAACAGGAACGUCAUCUUCUGUUGCAGACCGAACGGAGGAUGAAGCCCAGGCGGAAACAUCUCGGCCAGAAGUUACAGAGAACCGGCGUACUCUGGCAGAGAAACUGCUUCCGAAGCCACGCAGGACUGGUGUGGACGACAUGCUCGAAACACCCGAUGUUCCCAGCUUGGCACGCGUUAUGCGUGUUCAGCCACGUCCUGAUGAGCGACCUGCUGCUGGGUUCUCAUGGGCAGACUAUGAAGACGUGGAUGAGUCUCGACAGACUGCUGAUGAUGCAGACGGAGAGGAUGAAAGUGGUUGGGUGGUGAAGAACAGUCGCACCAGACCAAGUGAGAUUUCAGCAAGUUCCCUACCCUACAUCGUACUAAUGUUUCUCAUUGUGUUCUACCAGAAGUCAAUAAGGCGAACUCGCCCCAAUCAUCACAGAACUUCUCCGCGCCAGAAUCUCUCACCAAGAAGCAACGUCAGAACGCUGCCAAGCGCGAGGCUCAGAAAUCCUUGAAGGCGAAUGCCGAGGCUGAACGUUUGGCCGUGUUGGCCAGACACAAACGCGAGGUGGAGAAAGCGAAGAUGGUAGAGCAGCACGCUUUGAAGGGCAAGAAGCCGAGUGGCGGUAUGUCUUCGUAUGUCAACGAGAAGGGACAGUUAGUCUGGGACUAGAUUCGUAUCAUUUGAUAUCUCUUUGCUUUUGUUUAAUUUGGUAGGAUGUUGUUGGCUCUUCGGAUUUGUUUCUUACGCUUCGUCAUUCGCUUUCGUAUGAUAGGAAGGAUACCACGUAUGAAGUUAAACAUUACUUUAAUAUCUACAGGAUUUUGGACUCAUCUGCAUUGAGAAUCACGAUAGUAAAGAAGCGAAUAAGAUCGAUGAAGGCAUCUGCGAGUAUAGCUGCAGAUAUAGGUUGUUA